CAUGGGCUGUGAUGCACUUGUGACUGCUGUCAUUUAGUCUUUUUCUUUUCAUCAACGAUCAUUUUGGCGGUGAAGUCUGCUCAUGAACACCCUUAACGUUGGUACCAAUUCUCACUAUCUGUCACCAUCUUUCCUAUAUAGAAUUGCCCUGAUGAAAUUAUUUUUUAUGUAAAUAAUUUUCAACUGCAUCCCAGACAACCUCUUCCCGGCUACUUUCGGUUGUCCUAGCAACCCAGUUAAAAUGCAGGCCAGAAGCUUGAAGCCCUAUUGCAAUCUCCAUUACUUACGAGAACGCCAGUUCACCUGUACCUCCGAAGCAUGCAAAACCAACUGAAUUGGGUUUCUUUGAAUUAAGCCAUCUCAAAAACUCAUGUUCAUCAAUAGAGGCUUGCCUUCCCUUCAGCUUUAUCAUCUACGUUUCUGUUGCAUAGUGAAACUGGUCCUUCAUGCCAUGCCUUUCUUCCACGACCUUUCUAUAAUGAUCAGCAUGAACCGGGUCAAGCUCGUAGAAACUGUCGACAACCAGUCCAUUAUUUUUGCAAAUCUGCAUCUUUAACGUUCUUGAAAACCUUGGCGAGGUCAGAUUCAUCAUGUUUUUCAUGAUAAGGCACCUCCUUCCUUGUCACCUUGAUAUCACCACCAAAAAGGGUUCAGAAUCCGAUGAUAUUUUCUUGGGUGGCUCGUAUAAUCCUAGGCAUUGAUCAGUUUUUGAAGAGAAAACUAGUCCCCUCGAAUUCCAAACCUAGCCGCAACAUCAGUAGUCCAAGGAAAAAAACACGUCUGCAAUAAGACAACCAGUUAAUCAGGGUGGAUUUCACCUAGUAGCCACUGAAAGAGUUCUUGAAGCAUGGCAGUUGCCAGGCAAAUCAUAGAUCGGGAAACCAUCAAGUCCACAUUUUCCCGCCCUCGUGGCAACCCGGCCUCUACUAGGAGAUGUGAUGGUCUGUACAUGCAUUCAUUUCAAAACCCAAAUCUUUGGUUCUCUGGAUUGUUUUGGACAAGAGAGGCACGUUAAGGACUGGUGACUAGCUAGUCCUCGGGCCAUGGGAAGCAAAUACCUUGACCUUGUGACGCAAUGAAAAACAGGUUGAAUUACAAGAGAAAAGGUUGUGAUGGGUUAGUCUUUUCAGUUUGGUAGGCUUACUAGGUGAGCUUGGAGCCAACUGUUUUCAUGGUUUCUGUGCUGAUCCUUUUCUGUUCGCCACUGCUCCAAUUUCAAGGAUUGUCGAUUGUGCUCUGCGUGAUCUUCGAUGCAAAUGUAGAAAUAUAUUUUGGAUUAAAAUCACCGAGGUAUUAAAAGAUUUUCUUUUUGUUUAAGGAUUCUGAUUUUCUUUUCUUGUUAAGGUUGGUUUCUGACCAAAUUAAAGAGUUGUAAAUCUUCUAGAAAGACAGAACACAUCGGACUUAAUUUUUAGAAAUAAUAUUACGAAUUAGGAUUCCUGGUGCGCUAAUCCUUCUGUCAAACUCUGUCUUUUUUAUUGCUGUCUUCUUUGUUUUUGUGCUUCCAUCUACAUCAUAUUUGCCAUCUUACUUGUGCUUACUCUUCUUGUUCGUUCAAUAGGAAACCAUUUUUAGCUUUUGAAAUCCUCCCAGCCAUUUGUUGGUACUGUAAAAAUAUGAUUAGCCUGUUUUCUUGUGUUUGUCCAUAUCAAUGGAUGCUUUUAGCGGUACGACCACUGGUGUCCAAGUUAUGUUGAGGAUAUCAGCUAUGUGAACUUUGAAAUUGCUGCUGCCUCUUGGAAGACUAGUAAAACCAUGUCAGCAACCAGGCUGCGUGAAACCAUUACUGAAUGCCUUGCUGAUGUUCAGUCAGACUCCGUUGAUGCUCAGCGGAAAGCUCUGCAAACCCUAGCUGCCCUUACCAAGGUCAGUCCCCAGAACAGGAGCUUGCUUGCACAAACAGACGGUGUCGUAUCUACCCUUCUUACCCUGACCAAAAUCUCCUCCUCUAUCAUCAGAAUCCUUGCGUUAUCCAUUCUUUUCAACCUCUCCCUGAACCCUGAUCUAAAGUGGAAUCUUGCAGAUAUGGAAACCAUUCAUCAUCUCAAUUCAAUAAUUCUCUCAGCAAGUUCCCCUGAAAUCAACCGGUUAGUUUGCUCUUUGAUUUGCAGCUUAGCGAUGCUAGACAAAAACAAGGCCAAGUUUGGGGUGGCAGGUACUGUCCAGGUGCUGGUUGGUGCUAUUUCAGGACCUCGUUGUCCUGCCUCUCACCAUCUCCUUAGUUCCUUGGCUGAGCUUGUGCAGUUUCAUGGGAAUUGUACAGUGGCUGUCCGUUCAGGAGCAGUCCAAGUGCUCAUUGGAGUAGUGGAGAGCACAGAUGGCGAGGAUUUGGCUGGGACUUCUCUUGCUGUUCUAGGUCACCUAGCUCGGUUCAAUGAAGGAUUGAAUGCCUUAAUAAGAACUGACCAGAUCGUGAGUUCUAUGUUAAAUGUUCUAAGAGGGAGGUGCAUGCUGAGCAAGGAAGGCGCAGCGGAGAUUCUUCUUCGGCUUUUCGACGAAAGUGAAGGUUGCGUUAGAGAUGCUUUCAGGCUGCCAGAGUUCUCGUCUGUCCUGGCUGAUAUUUCAGUGAGAGGAUCAUCAAAGGCACGCGAGAAGGCAAAUCAGCUACUGAAGAAGAUGGUGGAUGCUAACCUUGAUCCUUACACUGAUGGGAAUUCCCUGUUUCUCCCAUGGUAUCAAUGAGGCUGAUGAAUAAUAAUCUUCUUUAUUUGACAAUUUAUUUACCAAUAAUCUUGAAAUCUUCAGCAUCAGAAUGCCUGUAUAGCCAUUAAUUGCAUAGUAAUCCAACGAUCAUAGUCAUAGCUAUGGUGAUAAUAAAA